AUGUCACCGUAUUUGCAAAAACACUACUGCGAAGAGUCGUCACCAAGUGCCGAUGGCGUCAAUGGCAACAACGGUGUUAUUCUCGACGGCGUCGACCUCAACGACACCAAUGGCAUCAGCAACAAUUCCGGCACCAAGAGCCAUGCGGACGCCCCAGGCGAUUACAAUACGGAGCCUAUCGAGCCGGUCGCCAUUUGCGGCAUGGGCAUGCGACUGCCAGGAGGCGUCAACGAUGCAGACGCCUUCUGGGACAUGCUUUUGAACAAACGCAACGGGCGCUGCGCAGUCCCCAAAGACCGCUACAAUGUCGAGGCCUGGUACGCACUGGGCAAGAAGAGACAUGUGCCCAGCGAGUAUGGGUAUUUCCUCGACAGCAACAUCAACCUCAAAAACGUCGAUGCCUCCUUUUGGUCCAUGACCAAGAAAGAGCUGGAGACCCUAGAUCCACAGCAGCGGCUGGCCCUUGAAGUCGUCUAUGAAACACUCCAGAGCGCGGGCCAGAAGCCGUCAGAGAUCCGGGGACGGAAGAUCGGCGUGUGGGUCGGUAGCUUUGGAGGGGAUCGGGCUGAGCUGGAUGCCCGCGACCCACAAGCCGUUCAUCCAUACAACUUACUCAACAGCUUCGACUUCAUGCCCGCCGAUCGGAUCCACUACGAGUUUGGUUUUAUGGGGCCGAGCGUCACGGUUCGCACGGCGUGCAGCUCCUCGCUCUUGGGGCUACACCAAGCCUGCCAUGCCCUGAUUCAUGGCGACUGCGAAGCGGCGGUGGUGGCGGGGACCAGCAUUAUAUACUCCCCCACUCUCACCGCAACCAUGAACGAGCACAACGUUCUGUCACCCUCAGGGACGUGCAAAGCUUUUGAUGCACAGGCAGACGGGUUCGUCCGCGGGGAGGCCGUACUGGCCGUUUACGUCAAGAGGCUCCGUGAUGCGGUUCGGGACGGUGAUCCCAUCCGCUCAGUGGUCCUCGCCACAGCCAGCAACUCCAGUGGCAAGUCCUCCACCAUGACAGCCCCGAACUCAGUUGCCCAGGAAAGCUUGAUCCGGAGGGCUCACGAGCUUGCCGGCAUCAAAGACUAUUCUAGGACAGCAAUGAUGGAGUGUCACGGCACAGGGACGCCUGUUGGCGAUCCUAUCGAGGCCGAGGCAGUGGGUCGCGUCUUUGGAGAGCACGGGGGAGUGUACAUUGGCUCUGUGAAGACCAACAUUGGACACGUCGAGGGUGCCGCUGGCCUUGCUAGUGUCUUGAAGAUGACACUUGCUCUUGAGAACGACACAAUCCCUCCGAACGCCAACUUCAAAUCCCCCAACCCCAAAAUCCCUUUCCAACGAUACCAGCUCAGAGUUCCCACAGACCCUAUCCCUUGGCCCGAAGGGAAAGACAGGGUCGUUGGUGUUGGUUCGUAUGGAGUCGGCGGGUCCAACGCAUACGCCCUCCUCGCGUCAGCUGGCCACCUAGAUACCCAAAGCAGAGACAGAGGAAGAGAUGCGAGUCCUCAGGUUGCAGUAACGUCAACUGCAGAGUCGCCUAAGCUCCUUCUUUUCUCUGCCAAGCAUCCCCAAGCGCUUGAGACCAUGGUGAUGCGACACCAGUCCUACUGCCUAGCCCACCCAGACCGACUGGGGGACAUGGCUUACACCCUGGCCAUGAGACGAGAGACUUUGAGUCAUCGUGCUGUUUGUGUGGCCAACGGUAUAGAUGACUUGGCGCCCAUCAAGUCGACUCGUCACGGUCCAUACGACCCUGCCACGCUGGUUUUUGUUUUCACCGGACAGGGCGCGCAGUGGCCACAAAUGGGGAAGUCUCUGAUACAGGAGCUUCCUUCGUUCAGGAGCUCAAUUAUCGAGAUGGAAAACACCCUGCAGCAAUUACCAGAUGCUCCGGAUUGGAAGUUGACAGAUCAUAUCCUGGCACCAAAGAAGGUUUCUAUGAUCAACGAUGGACAAAUCUCGCAGGUUUGCUGCGCAGCGCUCCAAAUCGCCCUUGUCGACAUGUUGGCAACGCUUAAUAUCAAACCGGGGGCGGUGCUCGGCCACUCUUCCGGUGAGAUCGCAGCAGCCUACGCUUGCGGAUCAGUCACCCAGAGCGAGGCUAUCACCAUUGCUUACUAUCGCGGAAACAUCCUGGCGGCCGUGGAUGGCUCUGUCGGGGGCAUGGCCGCUAUCGGGCUGGGCAAGGCACAGGUAACACCACACCUCCGGCCUGGCGUGCUUGUUGGGUGCGAGAACAGCCCGAACAGUGUUACACUCACAGGAGAUAAGCAAAUUCUCCACAUGGUGGUCAAUGACAUAAAGGAGGCAUACCCGGACGUGCUUGCUAGGGCCCUGCAGGUGGACAGGGCUUAUCACUCACACCACAUGCAAGCCGUUGCUUCACGAUACCUUGACCUUCUCAAGCCCUACGUAAAUCCUCGCGACCCGAAGACGCCAUUCAUAUCGAGCGUUUCGAACCAGCUCAUCUCCAAAGCGGCUGACCUCGACUCUGCCUAUUGGGCUCAAAACUUGGUGUCGCCGGUCCUAUUCAGUGGGGCUGUAACCAAAGCAAUUCACGCCCUGGAGUCGGACAAGGUCUUUCUCGAGAUCGGUCCGCACUCUGCGCUUGCGGGCCCCAUUCGCCAAAUCUUGGCGGCUGAGAAGGUCAACGCCGAGUACAUCAGCGUCCUUACACGUGGCCGGGACUCACACCAAGAGUUACUCCGUGCCGUGGGAGAGCUGUGGCUGCAUAACCAGCCAGUGGCCCUGAACCAUGUGGUCGAGAAGGGACAAAUUCUCACCGAUCUCCCGCUGUAUCCAUGGCAUUAUGAAGAACCCCUUUGGCACGAGUCAAGGCUCUCUGAAGAGUACCGUCUUCGGAAAUUUCGUCAUCACGAGCUUCUUGGCACUAGGGUCUCUGAAAGCACGAGCUCCAAUCCGGCCUGGCGAAAUCUCUUACGUCUCGAGGAUGUGCCAUGGAUCGCAGAGCAUGAAGUUGAGGGUAGCAUCAUUGCGCCAGGCGUUUCCUACCUAUGUAUGGCUGGUGAGGCUGUUCGCCAGCUCACGGAGGACGCCGGUUUCACAUGCAAGCAGGUGCACUUUCACGCUCCGCUGCUCAUGACCUACGAGAGCCAGACCGAAGUCAUCACUCAACUUGCUCAAAUUGGUCUCACCGACUCCAUCGACUCUGAUUGGUACAGUUUCACCAUUUCGAGCUACCGUGACGGUGACUGGGUGAAGCAUGCUUCCGGCAAGGUCCGAAGUGGCAGCGAAGGGCUGGACGGUAGCCUGGACAUGCCCAGUCCCCGAUCAACUCGCAGCGUCUUCCCAAGAGCAUGCAAGUCUGCUUCCUGGUAUCGCAAGUUCAGAUCCCUCGGUCUUGAAUACGGUCCCCGAUUCAGUGGCAUGAUGGACAUUACAGCCGAUCCCCUGACGCCAAAACUUGCGGCAACCUUGAAGCUUGACAUGGUCCCGGGAGAGGAGAAGUACUACUCCAUACAUCCAGGGGCUCUGGAUCGUCUCGUUCAGAGCUUGUAUAUGGCUUCGGCCCACGGCCUGACGAGAAACUGUACUACGCUGGCCCUUGUUGCUUAUGUUGACGAGUUCACAAUGACUCCCCCCCCUGACGGAGCCAAAGAGAUGAAGUUCCUGGCCAAUGUCACGGAGCAGAGGCCUGGAGCGUUUCUGGGCAGCAUUGUUGCAUCCGUCGAUGGCCGGAAGGCCGUCGUGAACUCCAGGGGCUGGCAGCUGACCAGGAUCAGCGAAUCCAAUGAUACGCACUCUAAUCUGAACUCCCACGGAGCUGCCCAGCUGGAGUGGCGGGAAGACGUCGAGUUCAUUAAUCCAUGCUCUCUCAUUUCCCCAGCCAUAACCCCUAGAAAGGCGGAGCUGUAUCGACUUCUGGAUCGAUUCAACUUGCUCUCCCUAGCACGCACCCUCAACAACGCACGCCGUGCUCCGCAACCACGUCGAGAUCACCUGGUCAAAUAUCAAAGGUGGCUUGAAGACACUGUUGCCAAUCUCGCCUCCGGAUCGCUGAAGUGCCCCGGCGUCCCUGACGCCCAGAACCUCGUCACCAUGACGGCCGAGCAGCGUGAUGAGCAGCUUCGGUCCAUGUUCAAGCAGUUACAAGGAACGGAAGUUGACGCACCCGCAACUGCUAUCCACCGUGUCAGCUCCCAAUGCGAAGGCAUAUUCAACGGGGAUACCAGCGAGCUUGAGAUCCUCCUGGCUGAUGGGGUCCUACAGCACGUGUACGACUGCCUGCUUCUAGACACGGAGUCGUCGGCUUUCUUCUCUUUGAUUGGACACAAGAAGCCGAACCUUCGGGUCUUGGAAAUCGGAGCCGGAACUGGGGGUGCAACGGCUAGUACCCUCAGAGGCUUGACAUCGGCUCAAGGGGAGAGAAUGUAUCAGUCUUACACCUACACAGACAUAUCUCCCGGGUUCUUUGCCGAUGCGAAAGCGAGAUUCAAGGACUAUUCAGGACUAGAUUUCGCCCUGCUUGACGUCAGCAAAGAUCCUAUCGAGCAAGGCUUCAAUGCCGAAUCCUACGACCUCAUCAUUGCGUGGAACGUGAUACACGCCACACCUGACCUGCAUCAGUCACUUGCCAACAUCAGAAAGUUGAUUCACCCUCAGGGCUGGUUCCUUUUGCAAGAAAUCGCUCCCCUGACGCCAUGGAUCAAUCACUGUUUUGGCGUGAUACCAGGUUGGUGGCUCGGCGAGGCCAAUGGCCGCGCCUCCGCGCCUCACGUCGACUUGGACCGCUGGAAACAUGAGCUCUCCGAGUCCGGAUUUAGGGAUGUAUCAAACACUUAUGACGGCUACACAAACAACAACAUUAUUUCUCGGCCUGCGCCGCCCCGGUUCCGUCCUAAGCGGGUAACGCUUUUGAAACGCGCAAGUCAACAGGUUCAGCAUAUCCAAGCCGGUCUACAGGCUGCUGCGUACGAGGUCGACGAAUAUGUUUUGGAUGACCGGGCGGCAAGGCUUGCUCCAGGGCAAGAUGUCGUAUCAACUCUCGACAUAUGCUCUCCAUUCCUCAACGGCCUAGAUGAACAAGAGUUUGUUAACUUCCAGCGGUUCAUCAAGGCAGCCAAGGACGGUGCCUGUGGCAUUCUUUGGAUCACAGGCCCGUGCCAGGUUGGGGAGACAAUUCGACCGGAGUACGCACCGCUGCUCGGCGUCGCCCGCGUCCUACGCACAGAAUUGGGGCUCGACUUUGCAACCCUCGAGCUCGACAGCUUCUCCAGGGCGGAAACAGCUGAAGUCAUCCAGAAGGUGUUCAGCGAGUUUGAGCAGCGCAUCUCAGAUGACACAGACGCCAACCCCGACUACGAGUGGGCUUAUAUGGACGGGAAACUCCUUGUCAGUCGCUACCGCCAUGUCAAGGUCGAGCAGGAAUCCCACGAGCUCCAGGCGGACAUGACUGUACGGAAGCUGGAGCAGCGCAAGCCAGGUCUUACCGACACGCUCUGCUGGAAGCCACUGGCCCCCCAAAAACUCAAGGACGGCGAAGUGAGGAUUGAUGUGAAGGCCAUCGGCAUCAACUAUAAGGACGUGCUUAUUGCACAAAAUGUCAUAACCGACACGGCAGCCAUCGACGCGGGUCUCGGUCUAGAAUGUGCCGGCGUGGUCUCUGAAGCUGGGCCUGACGUAGACAGGCUGAAGGUGGGUGACCGGGUCGCUGUCAUAUCGAGCGGGUCUUUCACAAACAGCAAAGUUGUCUCGCAACAGCUGUGCUGUAAGAUUCCAGACGAGACGAGCUUCGAGGACGCUGCUGUUAUCCCGGUUGCGUACUGCACCGCCUUCUAUUCGAUCUUCAACCACGGACAAGCCACCAAAGGAAUGAGUAUCUUGAUCCACUCGGCUACUGGAGGCUUGGGCUUGGCGGCCCUACAGCUCGCGCAGAUGCUGGAAGCCAAUAUCUACUGUACCGUCGGCAGUCAGGCCAAGAAAGAGUUUCUAGUCAAGGAAUGCAAUGUUCCUCCAGAAAACAUCUUUAACUCUCGCGAUUCAUCCUUUUUGCCGGGUAUCAUGGCGAUUACAGGGGGGCGCGGCGUUGACCUGGUCCUCAACCAGCUAUCAGGAGAGCUUCUCCACGCGUCCUGGCAGUGUGUGGCCGAAUUCGGCAUAUUCAUCGAGCUUGGCCGUAGGGACUUCCUUGGCCAUGCGAAGCUGGCUAUGGAACAGUUCGAAUCGAACAGGACAUUCGUUGGCGUCGACAUGACGCACCUCUGGAUCCGGAAGCCGAGUGUUGUUGGCGCCAUGAUGAAGCGGGUGAUGCAACUCUGGACCCAGGGUCACGUCAAACCCUACAUCACUGCAAAGUUCUCAGCCGCCGAAGUUUCUCAGCCAUUUCGACAAAUGCAGAAGAGUCAACACAUAGGCAAGCUUGUUGUCGUGAUGCCGCAAGACGCUGCUGCACGCGGGCUUCCCACCGAACCCACCUACAAAGCGCUGAAGCUGCGGCAUGAUCGGUCUUACCUUUUCACUGGUGGCCUUGGCUCCCUGGGUCAAGUCAUAUCUACCUGGCUUGCGGAGAAAGGCGCGAAGGAGAUCAUCUUUCUGUCUCGUUCAGCAGGUUCUCUUCCCGAACACGCCACGAUAGUCGAGGAGCUCUCAGCUUUGGGAUGCAAGGCAACAAUUGUCUCCGGCGAUGUCGCCAUGUAUGAAGAUGUCGCCCGGGCCCUGGAAAGCGCCACUAUGCCUGUCGGAGGCGUCUUGCACGCUGCCAUGGCUCUUCGAGAUGCCGGGUUCCUCGGCAUGAGUUGGGCCGACUGGCUAACCGCAUCUCGGCCCAAGAUUGACGGUACCACGAAUCUCCAUGAGGCGCUAUUGAAGCAGCAGCCUGCCGUGCCGGUCGACUUCUUCUUCCUCUUCAGCUCCACUGCUGCUACGGGUGGCUGGUGGGGGCAGGCCAAUUACCAUGCCGGGAACACGUACAUGGAGUCUUUUGCUGCUUACAGGCGCAACCUGGGGCUGGCUGCGAGUGUCUUGAACGUUGGAUUCAUCAGUGAUGCUGGCUACGUCGCUGACCGGCCCGAAGCAGCUGACUCGGCCAGGGCAACGGGCCAGUGGUUCAACACAGAGGUCGAGCUUCUAAACUGCAUCGAGCGCAUGCUCAUGAAACCUCCAACGGGCUCCAACCCUAAGGAUUCCGCUUGCUGGGUACAAAGGUCUCUGCUGGCCAUGGGAAUGCGCUCAACCAUACCGCUGACAUCAAAAACAUGUCGUGUUCCCUGGAAGAGGGAUCGGCGUAUGCUAGCCCUGCGCAACCUAGAGCCAAGCGACUCUAUUGGUUCUUCAGGCUCGGAUUUAAUGUCCAAUGAGGAACUCAGCCGCUCGGUUCGGGAUCUCAGUUCCAAUAUUGUCAAACUCCAGUCAGACGAAACGACGACAUUUCUAGCGACACACAUUGGCAAAACGCUCUGUAGAUUCUUGCUGAGAUCAGAUGCCGACCUCGACCUGCAGGCUCGGCUCAACGACAUUGGUAUGGACUCUCUUGUGAGUAUAGAGAUUCGGGCCUGGAUUAGGCAAUGGAUAGGUGUCGACUUAGCUACUCUUGAGAUCACAGGCUCUGAAAAUUUACAGAAGCUUGCUGUUGCGGUGCAGGGGAAAAUGGUUUUAAAGUAUAACUCUAAAAUCUAGGGUUUUGGUUGUUUCAAUAGAAUUAUUAAACUGCAAUAUGCAAUUGUCUUCUACGCCUCAAUAACUU